GUCAGGCUCAGAGGGUGAGAGGAAAGGAUUAUUUUUAAAUAUCAUUUUUUUAAAAAAGGGGAAGUCAUUUGAUUCAUCUUUUAGAAUGUUUUCUAUGGUAUGUAAGCUGUGUGACCGUCUGGCAGGCUUUACUGAGCAUCCCCUACAGCACUGGAAACCUAAGCACCGCAGCAGAGAAUAAAACAGAGUGUUAAAAGAACCUGCCCAUUGGAGAAAUCCAAGCUGAGUAACCUCCUUGGUUGAGCAGGGAAAAGUGCACCAGACUUUUGAAAUUCAUUGUAAACAAUCCAAAGUGAUGCUCACUAUGCAGAUUCUUUUACUGCCUCCUUGAGAAGCUAUCUAGUGCCUUUCAAAUGGUGGUAUGUGAUUGGCACACAGUUCACUAGCCCAUACAAUGAGCCCCUGAUUGGAGCCUCUGGAUACCACUAUGAUAUACAAUAAUAAACGUUUGCACUUCUCUGCACACCCCACCUCUUUGGCGAUCUCAUGGUACAUCACAAAUGUGUGUUUCGCUGUGCCUCGGAGAGCUAGACCCAAAGACAGAUGCUUCAGAGAAAGAAACGCUGCUUAUGUUGAUCUGGGUAAAGCGAUCAGCUGCUGUUCCUGGGAUUCUACAGCUCAGGUGCAAGUUCUUCAGUCUCACGGAAACGCCAGAGGACUAUACGAUCAUUGUGGAUGAAGAGGGGUUUCUAGAGCUCCCUUCGUCAGAACACUUGAGUGUGGCAGAUGCUACGUGGCUGGCUCUCAAUGUGGUUUCAGGCGGAGGCAGCUUCUCCAGCUCCCAGCCCAUCGGGGUGACCAAGAUUGCCAAGUCAGUAAUAGCGCCACUGGCUGACCAAAACAUUUCUGUGUUCAUGCUCUCCACCUAUCAGACGGACUUCAUCCUGAUACGUGAGCGGGACCUGCCCUUCGUGAUGCAUACGCUGGCUGCUGAGUUCACCAUCCUUAGGGUCGUGAACGGGGAGACGGUGGCUGCUGACGACUUCGGGAUAACGAAUGGGUUUGUCAAGCCGAAAAUGGUUCAGAGGCCUGUUAUCCAUCCUCUUUCCAGUCCCAGUAAUAUGUUCUGUGUCACCAGCCUGGAUCCAGAUACCCUUCCAACUGUCGCUACACUCCUAAUGGAUGUCAUGUUUUACUCCAAUGGAGUAAAAGACACAGUGGUGGGCAGUGAAGACUCUGGACACAUUCGCUUUUUCUCCUUCUCUCUCAUUGAGGGUUACAUCUCCUUGGUGAUGGAUGUACAGACACAGCAGAGGUUUCCUAAUAAUUUGUUGUUUACAAGUGCAUCUGGAGAACUCUGGAAGAUGGUUCGGAUUGGCGGGCAGCCACUUGGCUUUGAUGAAUGUGGAAUUGUCGCUCAGAUUUCUGAGCCUUUGGCCGCCUCCGACAUCCCAGCCUAUUACAUCAGUACUUUUAAGUUCGAUCACGCAUUGGUACCCGAAGAAAAUAUAAAUGGCGUAAUCAACGCACUCCAAGUCAGUCAAGCUGAAAAGCAUUAGACAUCGUCUGAGCUGGUUGCAGAUGCUUUUUUAUUAUUAUUCCUUUUCUCACAGUAUUUCUUGAAAAAUCUGACUCCAGAGAGAGAGAUUGAGGUGCCAUGAAAAGAGACUGUGAACUGAUGAGCAAAAGUCGCUCCAACAAGCUUUUUUUCUUUCUUUCUUUCUUUCUUUCUUAAAAGUGGGAGGGCGGGGAGUUGUUAUGAUGGUUUCCUGACAUUAGACUCCAAAGCAAAAUGCUUUCUUGCUUUUUUUGGUGUGAAAGGAAUUGCAGGUAGAGAUGUAGCCUCUCACUGAAAUGCAGAGGUAUAGACAGGUUGCAUACACAGCAGCUUUAGGGAGAGCUUCAAAGCAACACCUGAGGGGGAAGAGCUGUUUGUUUUUUAGCAGAAAGCAUGAAAAGCAUAAAGGAAAGAAAUGUGGAAUUAAAAGGAAAACAAAAUGUUGAACUGUAUUGAUCUUUCUACUAGCAUCAGACUAUAUAAAAAUGGUAACAAUCCCUUAUGAGCUAUGUUCAGAUUGGAUACUGUUUUCCUUCACAAUUCAAUGUUGUGAGAGGGUGGGAAAUAACUAUUUUUUUUCUUCUGCAA